UCACUGUGGCUGCUGGAAAUGACGAGACACCGUCUGGUGAAGUUCGUCACGACACCGCGAAAGUGAUUCGUCAAGUGGCACGGUUCAGCGAUCUGCGAUUCGUCGGCAAAAGCGGCAGAGGGAAAAAUUUCCACCUCACAAUAUGUGUAUAUACAAAACCGAUGAUGAUCGCAAUGGUGAGCCGAGCAAUAAAAGUUACGGUGGAUGGUCCACGAGAGGCCCGUACGCCUAACUCAGCAAUCAACCAUCGACGACGGCCGUGUGCACCGUUUGUCAGCCCAGUGCCGCCAUUCUUUCCCAGCUACCAAUCUCUAAUGUGGUUCACUCCAGAGUACGUUGUCUUAUAUUCUGAACGGGAUCCAUUUAAAGGACCAAGAAGUAUUU